GAUUGUUGAUUGGAUGUGGUCCAGCAACUACACCGCCGUCAUCACUUUCUGAUUGCCCAUUUACGCGUAGUAGUUUUGUGACGAGUACAUAACAAGAGGUACAGCUGUAAAAUAAGUGAAAGAACAUAUCGAUGGCUGAAAAGCGACGAUCCAAGAAACGUAAAGAUGAAUAUACUGGUCCUGGAGGAGCCGAACAGGAAUUAGAGAAAGCCACCAAGGAGGAGUAUAAAGUGGCAAAAUGGCUCAAAUCGAACGUACCUACAAAGAAAACAAAAUUUUUAAAUCACAAUGUGGAAUACUUUUCGUCGGGUCGAGCUGUAGAUGCAUUGCUAGCGUCAAAAUUUGCCCAGGGCGAUGGUUGCCUGUUUCCACACCGACAGGCAGUAAUUGAUUUUAUGGACGGGAUGUUGCAUCACAAAUUUUUCCAUCGCGCCAAGAAGGUCCCUGUUAGUGAGCAGGAACUGAGGGGAAAAAGUAAGAAGCCUUCGGAGAAGGAUAAAGAAAAAACCAAGGACGACAAAGCUACCGAUGGUGGUGAAAGUAGUCAUGCCGAGGGUACUGGAAAAUCAGACAAGGCCGCACUAGAGAAGGAAAAACGUAAACGUAAAAUCCGGUUGGAGAUGCACCCAGAGCAGCUUUUCGUUGAUGGCCACGAAGCAUACGUCUGGUUGUACGAUCCCAUUCCAAUGCACUAUUGGAUCUUUGGCGCUCUCUUAGUUGUCGGAGCAAUUGUAAUCUGUUUAUUCCCGCUGUGGCCACCACUGUUGCGAAAGGGUGUUUACUAUCUCAGUAUAGCGGCUGCCGGGUUUUUGGUGUUUAUUCUUGGGCUUGCCGUGCUACGAUUUGUAAUUUUCUGUCUUGUAUGGAUAAUGACCGGAGGCAAACACCAUUUCUGGUUGCUACCAAACUUAACCGAGGAUGUGGGAUUUUUCGCAUCGUUCUGGCCACUCUAUGAUCACGAGUAUAGGGAAAGUAAUGCCGAUAAGGACAAAAACAAGAAAAAUAAAAAACGAAAGCGCGACAAAGAUAGCGACGCGGAAGACGAUGCUGGAGUUGGUGUUAAUGUGCCACCCAAAAUAGACGAAAGCAGGGAGCAUGAGACGGAAGAAAGUCAACUGCGGUACCGUGGAAAAGAAAUGAAAGAUUCCAAACAGGAGGACAGCGAAAUUGCAAAUGCUAGUGAUGAGCAGGAAGAGGAUCAGGGAGAAGAGGAAAAGAAUUCACCCUCGGAGAGCGAAUCGGAAGGGUCCCAACGGUCGUCCACUGGAAAGGACUUCGAAAUGGUCGACCCUGAUGAUGUAAACAAUUCGUAAAGCACGAAACAAAGAGCUAAUCACGCAGAAAUUUAUAAACAAAACAGAAACAGACAUUUAUGUAGACACAUUGCACAUUAACAGAAGCAACCAUUUAUAACUGCUACCUAUGAAGGACACUUAUUCUAUGCAGAACCGCAAGUUUAUUAUAAUUUAUUUGUAGCCGUUUUUGUUAGUUCAAAAAAAUAAAAUAAUUAGAAGCUAGUGUAUAGCACCAGAGAAGCAGCGCAGUCCAAUCUGUGGCAUGUGAUAAAAUGACGCAUCCAUUCAAUGUAAAGCUGCUGGCCGAGAUGAGAUCUGAUUAGAGGAAACCGACAGCAACAGAAUCAUUCUCUAGAAUUUGGAAAAGAAAAAAUAACGUUAAAAGAUGUUUUUAUUUACAAAGUCCAACUUCGUCAAAAUUCCGGGGGAGGAUAAAUUUUGAAUCAAAUGAUUUGCCAUUUGUUUGGCAUAUUAAACAUGAAACUCAUUGAGUAUGAAUUAUCAAUAGUGCAAAGGAUUGUUAUACGACCGUUGAUGACGUGUGCUAUCGAAGGGUAGAUAAAUUUAGUCAUCAUCGCCAUUAGAAUUAUUCCAAUCUGAUUUUUAUGUUGGACCAUGGUGACUACGGCGGAAAAACAAAAUACCCCAACAAUUAAUCACUGAAGGGUAGAUCAACAUAAUUCGUUCUCCACAUCGAUAACGCAUUGUGCGCUGGUUUUGAAGAAAUAGUGUUUCAAUGGAAAUUUAAACAAAUAAAAAACAAAAAGUUAAAGAUUGAUAUACAUAUUCGAA